AUGAUGCCCUUCGCCUGUUGGGUCCGUGCUUGCCCUCCACCUCCUCACCUCUGGAACACUUCCCAUGCUCUCCACCCCCGCUCCUUCCAGCUUACCCUCUCUCUGUCUCCUCCCGCACAGCACGAGCAGUUCAAGCGGUGGCGGGACUUACCAAGCAACGUGGCGGAGGGCGCGUGGCCCUUCUCCUCAGGAGCAGUUCAAGCGAGAGCGACUUCCCAGCCUAGCACUUCAACUGGAAAGAGGACUUGUGAGCCAAGGUGGCAGAAGGCGCAUGGUUGUCCUCCUGUGAAGCAGCUGGGCGACUACCCAUCUCCUUCCCCUCACCCCUCUCUCUCCACGCAUGGCUAUCCACCCAUCUCCUUCCCCUCACCCCUCUCUCUCCACCCCCUCUCCUUCACUCUCACUCUCUCCUCCGCUCCUUCCCCGCACAGCACGAGCAGUUCAACCGGCGGGGGGACUUCCCAGCCAAGGUGGCAGAGGGCGCGUGGCCCUUUUAAUAUGCGCGCGCCAGCCAUGCCAGCGGCAUCGCGCUGCCCUAUGGCAUCUACAGCCACACCAAUUCACUUUCUCCUCCCCCAUGAUCCCUCCGCACAGCACGAGCAGUUCAAGAGGAAAGGCGAUUUCCCAGCCAAGGUGGCGGAGGGCGCGUGGCCCUUCUCCUGUGCGCGCGCCAGCCAUGCCAACGGCAUCGCACUGCCCUAUGGCAUCUACAGCCAUGGCGCACGCGUGCUCUGUGCUGGGGGGGACGAGGAGCGGGAAGGAGGGGAGGCGGGGGAGGGGGACGAGGUGAAUGGGGGCGGGGCUGUGGUGAUGGCGCAGCUCCAGGGCAACAUGGGAGGGGGGUCGGUGCGGCGUGCAGUGCUACUCACAGCCAACGUGUGCUUCAUGGACGGCCCCAGCGCACAGCUCAACGUGGCCUUUUCGGAAGCUUCCUUGUCGCUGAGGCAAGACGACACUGUCCUACCAACAGACAUGCACAACAAGUCCCACACUAGUGGCAGUGCCGCCAGCUACCAAGCUACUGACGGAACCACAAGCCCUUCCAGCCAAUCCCUGCAUGACACGUGGGCCAGCCCUCACUGGAAGACUCCUCUGCCGACCCACCUGCCUGCCUCCCUCCCCUCUCUCCCUCCCAAGCCUCUCUAUGGAGUUCCCCACUACAUCUAUGCUGACCUCUAUGCUACACCUCUUCCUGAGCACCCCAACAAGAGGCUGGAAACCCAGAACAUGGAGGUAUUUUCAGGGUACUUGGCAGGGAUACCCGAGGCCCAGCAAAACAAGUAUGGUGUUUGGGCACUGCCUAGGGGCGUGGUGGUGGCUAUGCCGUCCCCCUUAGAGCCAAUGCUCAGCCGCGAGGGGGGAGGAGAAGGGGAGGAGUUUUGGCUGGUUGUGACGUAUGUGAGGGGGGGAGGGGAAGGGGUGCAGGGUGGUGGUGGUGAUGGAAUUCGUGAGGAGCGAGGAGGGGAGGAAUUGGGUGUAGGUGAAGGAGAGGAGGACCUGAGGGAUGGGCUUGAGGAUACAGGGUACAUGGCAGAAGGAGAGUGGAAGGUGCAGCAGGUGGUGAUAGCGUAUGAUGCACAGGGGCAGUUUGAGUAUGUGAAGCACACCAGGUUCAUGUGA